AUGGGCACAGAGCAGUGUGAGGAACCUCUAGGACGAGCUCUAUGGAAGGGGCACCUCCUGGACUGGCCGUGCCUUUGGCACUUUGGCCCCUCCCAUCCAAGCCCUGCCCCUUUCUGGCUCUGGGAGCCCAUCCUCAGGGGCCCAGUGGACAAGGCCUUUUGCCCCUGGCUGACCCUCUGCAUCCUGCGGCAGCAUCGGGCUGUGGAGCCGGGCGAGCAUGAGGUCGCCCUCUCUGCCUCCCCAGUCAGCACCCCCCGCUUCCAGGCUGCCCCAGGUCCCAGGGCUUUCUGUGUCCCAAGGAUCAUCUUGACAGAGUGUGCCCCCAGCCCUCCUAGCCCGCCAGAGGCCAGACUUGAGGAACUGGGACCCAGGACAGCUCCCACCCCAAGACCACGGACCCUGGCUGACAGCGGGAGGGGCUGGGAUGGCCCACAGGCCCCGCCAGGGGUAGUGGGAGAGACUCCUGGGCUGAGGAGCAGCUUCAUGCCCUGGAAGGAGGGGGCAGCUCUGAAGAGACUGGGCAGAGGAGGCUGCAGCCUAGAGGAUGGAGGAGCCAGGGUACCCUGUCCUCAGGGACCAGCCCAGGAUGGGACUCCGGAGACCUCUACUGCUGACACCUACCCAGAGGAGAUCCUCAAGGACUCUGGACACGAUGCCCAAAGCUGCAGUAGGGAGCACCAGGGCCAGGCUACUGCCAACUCAGGCUGUGCCACGUGGGGCACCACUGCCCAGCGGAUGGACAGCCUGGAGGAGACGCUCCGGGAGCUGGAAGCCACCCUGAGCAACAUGGGCACAGGCCCUGCCGUGGGGUCCCCUGGCAGCCCCCCACCCCUACCCCUCAGCCGCCAGGUGGCUGCCCCCUCUUCAUCCUUCCCUGCUGCCUUCCUCCUCCAUUUCCAGAGUUGGACGGAGUAGGGGGCAGCAAGAAUGCCAGGCCAGCCCCCUCCUCCCACCAGCCUUCUCUCAGCUCUUAUCACUCUCCUGGGAGCCUGGUGUCAGAGCAGGGUUUGCAGGCAGAGUCCGAGGGAGGCUGGGAAGCCGGCCUACCCAGGGGUCGGCCAAUCCCCAGCCUUGGCAAGAACCAGGGCCUCUCCCCUUCUGCUCUGUAUCUGUAAACCAACAAAUAAAGUUCUCUCCCCACCUUCC